AUGGAGGCGGAGAAGGCGCCGUGGAGGAUCCUAGAAUUCUACAGCGGCAUCGGGGGCAUGGUAGGCACUGUUGCUCUUUUUUGUUGCUGUUCCAUCUGGGGUUUCUAGGGUUUUGCUUGUUCUCUGGAAACGGCCCUCAAGUCUCUGAUAUGGGAAUGAAGAGGUACUCGUUGGCGAAGGCGGGGGUGCGAGGGGAGGUGAUGGAGGCCUUCGACAUCAACGACUGCGCGAACGACGUUUAUGAGCAUAAUUUCGGCCAUCGCCCUUUCCAGGUGAGCGUGUCGUCGUUCCGAAGUCUACCAUUCCCCGCGCUUCUCACGUCCAUGGUGAUCUUCCGAUUGUUAUCGUUGCUACCUCUGCCCACCACCGUUAAUUUUCUCGCCGAGCAUCGAGAAUACUGCAGAAUUUAUCAGAAUGUUCAACUUCGAAACCUUGUGUCGUUCAUUCUGUCUACCGGAUUCGGUGACCACUGAUGAAGAUUUAGCUGUGCCAAUCACAUCUGCGUUGACGUUUUUUAUGGAUUCCUGAAGGGUAACAUUCAGAGUCUCUCUUCCGAUGAGCUCGACAAGUACGGAGCAGAUGCUUGGCUCAUGUCCCCGCCUUGCCAGCCUUACACCCGUCAAGGUUGGCGGUCGGAGCACGGAUGCUCUUGCCAAAACCUCUCAUCAAAGCUUAUGGUAUUGUCGUGGAGCGUUCUGUGACGAGAAAUCAAUCCUUGUAGGUCUCCAGAAACACUCGGCCGAUGCUCGCGCGUCUUCUUUCAUCAAGAUCCUCGAACUUAUUCCCCACAUGCGGCAGCCCCCGGCGGCCUUGUUUGUGGAGAAUGUCGUUGGUUUCGAGGUCCAUACAUUUGUGCCAUUCACGUCUCAAGAGCUGUUUAUUCUGAAUUACCUCAGUGGAACCUGCUAAUCUUCUCAAUUUCGUAUUUCUUGUUGCAGACAUCAGAUACCCACGAUCAGCUGAUCGAUAUCUUGAUCAAAACUGGUUUCACCACCCAGGAAUACAUCUUGAGCCCGCUGCAGUUUGGGAUCCCGUAUUCCAGGCCUCGAUACUUUUGCCUGGUACGCCUCUCUCUCUCUAUCUAUCUAUCUAUCUAUCCAUCCAUCCAUCCAUCAUUGCAGCUUCUCGACAAAACAUUAAUGAACAUCAAAGUAAUUAUCUGAGAAGUUGCUACAUCAUGGCAUGGAGGGUACCUUGGUCAAUCGUGGUCAACAUCUUAUCGGCAUAUGAGCGUUUGACUUCUUUCUCUGUCUAUAUAUCGCCGAUAUAUGGUGAGAGGGAGAAUAUCCUGUUUCCAUGGUAUUUGAUACCCAUUAUGCGAGGUCCAUCCAACACAGAAAACCUGAAAAAAGAAAAGACUAUGCUCCCAAGAACUCAUUCGGUGGCUUGAUUCUAUAGUUAGAUUUGUUGAGAAGUAAAGGUUUUCUCUUUCUUGAUUGCAGGCAAAAAGGAGGCCCUUGUCUUUUCCACAUUCAUCCGUCGAUGGGCAGCUUCUCUUGGCGCCCUUCCCUUUUCUCCAAGAAAAUAGCGACCAUGUGGCAAAAGAUGAAGGCUCUUACCCAAGCACAGUGGCGGAGACGUCUCUAGUGCCCUGUGAACCCAUCAAAAAAUUUCUGCAGGGAAGCUUUUCUUCUGGUGUUCUCCCAGCGAACCCAAAGUCAAACUUGUCUGGCGAAAAGAAUAUAGAUGAGGCUCCUGACGAGCAUCCUGCACUGGAGCAGCUAUGCAAAGCAUGCAGCUAUCUGGACGAGAAUGGCGCCGACCAUGAGUUCCCCAAUGUCUAUGCAGUCCCCCGUAGUCUGAUAGAGAGAUGGGGAGGAGCCAUGGGUAUCCUUCGACUAUGAUUUCCCCAUUCAUAUGGCACGGAAUCUAUUAUCUUAUUUAUUUACACAUUUUUCCAUCCGGAUUCAUCUAAAUAGUUCCUGUUUUCCCGUGCCAAGUCCUUGAAAUCUGCAAACAGAUAUCGUCUUCCCCAGUUCUAGGCGCUGCUGCUGUUUCACCAAGAGUUAUUAUCGUUAUGUGAAGGGUACGGGCUCUCUUCUGGCGACUGUUCAAGUGAGAACGCAUCUGAUAGCUGGGCAAAACUUCUCAUCUGUGUGUCUGCUUCUUAACGAUUGGCGUCUCUGUUUGCUCUUUCUACAAUAACAUCUGCUGCCAAAAAAAUUGCUCUCUUGCAGUCUGUGGAUAAGGGUGAACUCUCAUUGGAAGACCUGGGUCUGAGAUAUUUCACUCCACGAGAGGUGCCCAUCUUGCUGUGUACUUUCAGAUGCAUACAUAUUUAUCCUGGCAUUAAUUUUUAUUCAUGUCUGUAUAUAUAUAAAUUUGUUCCUUAUCAGGUUGCCAAUCUGCAUUCAUUCCCGGAGGAUUUUGACUUUCCACCGCAUAUAAGCCUUCGUCAGAGGUAACUACCCUCUCUCAUCGGCAGAUUUGACAGAAAAUAUCUUCUUUACUGCUGAAACCCAUCUUCUUUCUCCUCAUGAGAUGCCGGGGAAACCCACCAGAGCUUCUUUUUCUAAAAAAAACCUUAUUUUUUUCCUCUGGUUUAGCUGUAUUCUUCUUAGGAAACUCGCAUCCUCAUUGUGAGGCUUCUGCACCUCAUUUUUUUCAAGAACACCCACAAUUUAUUUACAAAAAUAUUGCCAUAAUGACGACCGCAUCCGAUUGAUCUGGUUACCUGCCUGUCGGGUUAGUUUCCUACCUGUCGAGCUUAGAAGAAGGAAGGUUGGCGUUGACUGUGAAGGAAUCAACCACGGUUAAAUGUUCUUCCUGUUCUGGAGUAGAAAAGCAGGGGACGGUCUGAGGAGAGGAGUUACUCCCAGAUGAGAGACUCAUCGUGGGACUUCGCACUGGGGGUUUUGUUUAUUUAAAAUAAAAAAUAAAAAAAUAAAAAAUAAAAAAUAAAAACCAGCAUCGUACCAUCCAAUUUAUUUGGAUUUAUCAGCGACCGACCUGAUGUAUAUGUAUUAGAUAUAUUUGAGAAGAACACGUCAGGGUUGACUUGUGAAGAACUUCCUCUGCAGGUAUGCGUUGCUAGGGAACAGCCUGAGCGUGGCAGUUGUGGCCCCUCUUCUCCGGUACCUGUUAUCGGAGCCGAGCAGCAACAGCCACCGACUGCCCCUUCAGAAACCCGGGUAG